AUGAAGACCUUCUUGGCAAUAUCCGUGACCUUGUUGGUUGGAUUCUGUGACGCAGGAUGUUGUGGUUGUGUUGGGAAGCCUCAAUAUGGAUUUGUACUAGUAACACCUUAUGCAUUAGAUUUAUCGAAAAUUAACGCAGACACGGUAUCUACAUCCUCUGGAAAAUCAGGAACAGUCUCAUAUAAUGUAUAUUCGGCGCAACCAGGUGUCAAAAUAGCUUCUGUAUCAGAUGGUAAAACUGAAAUUUGGAAGGCCAAAGAGGGUGAAACUUGCAAAACUGUAAGUGAAUCCACCACUUUAAUCCCAAAGAUCCUUGCAAUAUGUAUAGGGAAGGACGGUGAAGUUAAUCUAGAGUGUUUUGAGAAGGUUGGUGAAGAAUGGAAGAGUAUUACAGAAAAAGAGUUUACAAAUAGAAUCAAGGGAACGACUAGUAAACCUCAUACAAUAUAG